ACAUCACGUGGAUUCAUCGCGACCACGAAACCACUCAUAUUUUAAAGGUUAAAGGAGGAACUGAAGAAACCGAGGAGUUUAUAUAUAAUAAUUGAUAACCAAGUCAAAGGCAACUCUCUAAAAUAUGGAGCACCUGCCAGAUAAAAACUCCAGUUACAAAGACGUUGCUUACUGGGAUGAGAGAUACACGACAGAGCAGCACUAUGACUGGUUGGGCGGUUUUUCCAAAUUUCAGCACCUCCUGGAAAAAAUAAUCAAGAAAGAAGAUUCCAUUCUCAUACUAGGUUGUGGAAACAGUGGUUUGAGUGGAGACAUGUAUAAUGCCGGCUACCAUGCAAUCACCAACAUAGAUUAUUCCUCAGUUUGCAUUGGCCUUAUGAGUGCCAGGUACAGCAGCCAUCCCGGUAUGACCUGGCACCAGAUGGACGUUCGCCAACUCUCCUUCCCGGAUGCCUCCUUCGACGUUAUCCUUGAGAAGGCAACGCUGGAUGCCAUCAUGGUAGAGGAGAAGUCACCAUGGGAGGUCACUCCUGAAACUUUGUGUUUCAUUCAUCAAGCUCUCACAGAGAUAAGUCGCUGCCUGAGACCCGGAGGCCGCUUUGUCUCCAUUACAUUCGCUCAGCCUUUCUUCAGGAAACGCCUCUAUGCCCGCACCGAGUACAACUGGUCGGUCAGACAUGACAGCUACGGAGAAGGCUUUGAAUAUUUUGUGUAUGUAAUGACCAAAGGGGAGCAGCUCAGCCCUGAAGAUGCAGCUCUGGAAAAUAAGCUUCUAGAGGAAUUUAAAUCCCAGCCCACCAGCAUUCCCACCCACCAAGAUGAAGAUGAUAACGACUUCCUUUCCAACAUAAACUUGUGAUCCCGCUGGAAUGUAGACUUUCAUUUCAGGAAUAUGUCAGCCUUUUGAAGCAGAAGCUAAAGCCAAGUGACAGACUUUUUUAAAUCAUCAAAACAAUUUUAUAAUUUUUUUUAUUACUAUUGUAAUGUUUUAAUGCUUUUGUGAACUUUUAUAUGUAUAAUUGCUGCAAAAAAAUGUUUUAACUUUAGAAUUUCAUAUAAUUGUCGUCUGGACCUGCAUUUAAUAA